CAGCACAGCCUGCUUUCUGUGCAUUCGCAUCAGAGGCAACACAGGAUACACUCUUACACACACACACUCAUAGCCACUUACGCACUAAAUCAUAUCUCAAACUGGAGUCGCAGUGAGGAAACAGAAUGUCAGGGAAGGAAGCGCUGAAGCCAGUGGGAAAGCAGAAUUUGCCUCAAGUCUGCAGAGCUCUUUUCUGACCCGCUCCAGAAGAGGUCUGAAGUAAAAGUUUAGAUUCAUAACAGCAGGAAAAAAAAUCUGAUGAUAUUUUUGGAAAUAGGCCAGAACACGAAAGGAGAAGGUUUUAGAUUUAGUUAAGUAGUAGAAACUCAGCCUUCACUUGGAUAUCACCCUCGAGAUCUGGAUUUUCAAACAGAAAAGACAUACAUCAGGAGGAAAUUCUUGAAAUUCUCUUUGUCUCUGACCACUCACCGCUCUUCAGUCUCAUCAUCUGCUGCCUCCAUCGAACUACAGGAGGACACAUCGCCAGGUUUACCGUAACAGGCCACAAGUAAGAUGAGUCUGUCACGGAACGGAACGUUGGAGAAGACAGUAUCCGAGCUAGCCCACUCUGAACGGGGCUCCCCCUCCAGAGCGGGGUCAGGGGUCAUGGUGCCGCCUCCAUACUCCAGGGGGGGUAGUGAAGCCACUGACACCGCCCUGGAGUUAAGGGGCUCUCUGGACUGCUGGGCAUGCUCUGUGCUGGUCACUGCACAGAAUAUGAUCAUAGCACUGAUCAACGCCGGGCUGGCCAGCAUCAUCUUUGGCACCAUCCUCACCCCUGCUCUUACCAUGAUCAUAUUCGGCUUCCUCUGCCACUCGACGGUGCAACCCCAUGGAACAUCUCUGUAUUGCUCAGACCUGCUGGAUGAUGCUGGCUGCGUGGCUCUGCUGGUUGUGGGCUUCCUGCUGCUCACCCCCCUGCUGGUUCUGGCGCUGGCUGCCUACUGCCGCCUGGCCCGACACCUCCAGCUGGGCAUGUGUUUCAUUCCCUACAGCCGCGCCGUCUACAAGAACCUGCCAGCCUCACGCCACCGUGGGGCUAGUCCAGGAGGCUGCUGUGGUCAGCAGGGGGCUUCAGAGAGGGAGAGGAAGGGCAGCGUGUGGGUGUAGGAGAGGAGAGGAGAAGAAAGGAGAGAAGAUGAUUGUAUAUGGUUGUAAUAUGUAUCCUUGUUUAAUGAUGAAAGUUGGAUUUUUUGAUUCUGGAGCUUUGUUUUUUAAAGCAAAUUUCCAUUUCUAAAGCCAUUGUAAAAAUCCAUCAUAUUUAAUCAUUUAUAGUCAUUGUUUGAAAGUCAAUAUUGCUUUUUGUAUUUUGUAUACUAUUUCAUUGCAUUGAAUGUAUUUUAUACCUUUUUACAAUAAAGUGUCACUUGACCUGUUAAGCUUUGUAUUUCAUACCUGCAAAUUGAACACGAUAGACUGUGAGCUGUAUCGAUUUAAUUUGAAAAAAGAAGGUAUAAAAGAAGUAUAAAAUACACUAAAUGGGGUAAACAAGUAAAAGAAGUGUGCCCAAUGCAAACUUCCACACAAUGCCAUUAUUCUAGGAGUGUUUAGAUUGCAGUAUAUGUGAUCAGAGUGCUCAGAAUGUAAAUGCAUAGCAUUUCUCUUGUUAUUUUAUUCCACGCAUAGCACUUCUUUAGCUGCCAAACGCAUGUUGCUUACUCUCCUUUAAAAUCUAAUAUCCAAACUAGUUAAGAUCCUGACAGUCUUCAUGGCAAGGCAGAUACAUUAUUUUGUAUAUUUUUCUGAAAUAAUGUAUUAAUGACUGUUUGUACAUGUGUUAUCUGGCCAUUUGAGUUCUAUUUACGGGGAACACAGUGUCUGUUAGCAGAGAUAUCACAGGCUAAUGUGAAUGGUUUCAUUCUGACUUCUGCACGUCAUAGACUGCUUGAUAUUUACUUAAUGUGUUAUAUAAUACAUUUCAUGUCAGAACAAAUAACUGGUUUUGGUAUCCAGAAAUUACUAAAAAAAGGAGUUUGAAUUCAUUCUGGAUCUUCUCUGACCUCUACUGGUGACUAUUGGAAUGGAGGAUCUCCAUUUUUUUCUUGUAUUAUAUAUUGUCUCAGAGGGUACAUUUAAAUGUCAAAUUAAUACCAUUCAAAACAAAGUCUGG